AUGGCCAAAGGACCAGUGAUAUUCAAGGAUAUUAUUGUGGAAUUUUCCAAGGAAGAGUGGCAAUUACUGAAACCUGCUCAGCGGACUCUGUACAGGGAUGUGAUGCUGGAAAACUACAGUCACCUAGUCUCAGUGGGAUAUCAUAUGAAUAAGCCAAACACGAUCUUCAAAUUGAAACAAGGGAAAGAGCCAUGGAUAUUAGAGGUAGAAUUUCCACAUCAAGGCUGUCCUGAAAACUUAUGGAAUAUUCAUUAUGUAGAAACAAGAUACCAAGAAAGUCAAGUGGAAGAUUCAAGGAAUGAAGAAUCCACAAAACAUCAGAAAGUUCAUACCAGAGACAAAAACUAUGAAUAUAAUAAAUGUGGAAUGUCCUGCCAGAAAUCUUCCCUCAUACUACAUCAGCAUAUUCAUUCAGAGGACAAACCAUAUAAAUGUAGUGAAUGUGGGAAAUCGUUCUCUAAGUAUGUAGAUGUCACAAUACAUCAGAAAACUCACACCAGAGAGAAAACUUAUGAGUGUAAAGAGUGUAUGAAAAUCUUCUACCACUUGUCAUCUCUCAGUAGACAUCUGAAAACUCAUAUAGGGGAGAAACCCUAUGAAUGUAAUCAGUGUGAGAAAACAUUCUACCAGAAACCACACCUUGUAGAACACCAGAAAACACAUACAGGGGAGAAAUCUUUUGAAUGUAAGGAGUGUGGAAAGUUCUUCUAUGUGAAGGCAUACCUCAUGGUACAUCAGAAAACACACACAGGGGAGAAACCCUAUGAAUGCAAGGAAUGCAAGAAAUCAUUUUCUCAGAAGUCACACCUCACAGUACAUCAGAGAACACAUACAGGAGAGAAGCCCUAUAAAUGUAAGGAAUGUGGGAAAUCCUUCUCUAGGAAUACACACCUCAGAACCCAUCAGAGAACUCAUACAGGAGAGAAACCCUAUGAAUGUAAUGAAUGUAAAAAAACCUUUUACCAGAAGUCAGCCCUCACAGUUCAUCAGCGAACACACACAGGAGAGAGACCCUUUGAAUGCAAUAAAUGUGGAAAAAACUUUUACUAUAAAUCAGACCUCACUAAACAUCAGAGAAAACACACAGGGGAGAAGCCUUACGAAUGUCAUGAAUGUGGAAAAUCUUUCUCUGUGAAUUCAGUCCUCAGAUUACAUCAGAGAACUCACACAGGAGAGAAACCUUAUGAAUGUAGUGAAUGUAAGAAAUGCUUCUCUCAGAAGUCACACUUUAUUGUACAUCAGAGAAAACAUACAGGUGAGAAACCCUAUGAAUGUGAAGAGUGUGGGAAAUCCUUUAUACAGAGGUCAAAGCUCAUAGUACAUCAAAAGACACACAGGGACAAGGUUGAAUGA